AAGGAGUUGUAGUUGGAGAAGAUUUAUUCUGUAAAGGGAAAUGAUGCAGCAUCUAGAAAAUGAAUGAGAUUCAGCAGAUAAUCUAAUUGCUUAAGAAUUUUUUUAAUCAAUCUAAUAUCUGCAAAAUUUUAUCAGAAAUCUAGUUUUUUUUUUUAACUGUUAUAAACUUGAAUGGUGAAACAAUAUAUUGGGACACUACUGUGAUUUUUUUUCUGUCCUGCACUGCUGACAAAAAUUGGCCUGAGCUACAAAUUAAAUUGUCACUAUGUGCCAUUCCAAGUCCUGAUCAAGGAAGGAAUUUAAUACUGCAUUUUAUGUUUUUUCUCCCCCCCCCCAUCCACUCCCACUUUUGGAAAGAGUUAAAUAUUUGGAAAUGAGUUUUGACAGCAGUGUUAGCUGCUAAAAUACUCAGUGAUAAAAGUGAUUUGAAGAAGUCAACAAUAAAAAACAGCAGAAGAACGAAAAACCGUGGUUUUUUUUCAGGGAGUUGUGAAAAUCUACCCUGAUGGAAGGAGAGACAACCGGGAGGUCGAUGCCAGCCAACAAGAGAGCAGCCAGCAAACUUCUCAAACUGUCUCUUGGUGUGUUUGUGAGCAGCACAGUCGUGCUUAGCAUUGCCCUUUUUCUGGUUAGUCAAGGACACAUCAAAUUUUAUGCAAAGCAACAAUAUUGCUUGACUCCUGAAUGCAUUGAAGCUGCUGCCUCCAUCAAAAGCAAGCUAAAUACGUCUGUGGACCCCUGUGAUAACUUUUUCCGAUUUGCCUGUGAAGGAUGGUUACAAGAUAAUCCAAUACCAGAAGAUUAUUCAAAUUAUGGAAUCUAUCCUUGGCUGAGACAUAAUGUAGAUCUAAAAUUGAAAGCUCUACUUGAAAAACCGCUUAGCAAAAGACGAGACAAUGAAGCUGUACAGAAGGCCAAGAUACUUUAUUCUUCAUGUAUGAAUGAGAAUAAGAUAGAAAAAGCUGAUGCAAAACCACUUCUAAACAUGCUGAAGCAUUCUCCAUUUCGCUGGCCUGUGCUAGAAUCAAACAUUGGACCUGAAGGUCUGUGGUCAGAAAGGAAGUUCAGCAUGCUCCAGACCCUUGCUACUCUUCGUGGACAAUACAGCAAUUCUGUUUUCAUCCGAUUAUAUGUGGCUUCAGAUGAUAAGGCUUCAAAUGAGCACAUCAUAAAGUUAGACCAAGCAUCUCUGACUCUAUCAGCACGAGAAGACUACCUGGAUAAUACCACAGAAGCUAAAUCUUACAGAGAUGCCUUGUUCCAGUUCAUGGUUGAUACUGCAGUCCUUUUGGGUGCCAAUGCUUCACAUGCAGAGCUGGACAUGAAGUCAGUGCUUAAAUUGGAAAUCAGAAUUGCUGAGAUAAUGAUUCCACAUGAGAAUCGAACCAGUGAAUCUAUGUAUAACAAAAUGAAUAUAUCAGAACUCAGCAGCAUGAUCCCACAGUUUGACUGGCUGGCAUAUAUCAAGAAGGUGAUUGACACUAAACUCUAUUCUGACCUGAAGGACAUUGAUGCUUCAGAAAAUGUGGUUGUCCGAGUGCCGCAGUAUUUUAAAGAUUUAUUCAGGAUAUUAGAAAGAGAAAGGAAAAAGACUAUUGCCAACUAUCUGGUAUGGAGAAUGGUUUAUUCAAGAAUAUUCAACCUCAGUCGGCGUUUUCAAUAUAGGUGGCUAGAAUUUUCAAGGGUAAUCCAGGGAACAGGAUCUUUAAUGCCUCAAUGGGAUAAAUGUGUAAACUUCGUAGAAAGUGCUCUCCCGUAUGUUGUUGGCAAAAUAUUUGUAGAACUACAUUUCCAAGAAGAUAAAAGAGAAAUGAUGGCAGAGCUGACUGAAGGAAUUCGAUGGGCCUUUAUAGACAUGUUGGAAAAUGAAAAUGACUGGAUGGAUUUGGAUACAAAAAGAAAAGCUGUUGAAAAGGCAAAAUCAGUUUUGGCAAAAGUGGGUUAUCCUGGAUUUAUAAUGAAUGAUACAUAUGUUACAGAAGGCAUCAAAACAAUGAAGUUUUCAGAAACAGACUAUUUUGGCAAUGUCCUUCAGACUCGCAGACAUGUGGCCCAAUCAGAUUUCUACUGGCUGAGAAAAGAAGUCCCCAAAACAGAGUGGUUUACUAGUCCAACAACAGUGAAUGCCUUUUACAGUUCAUCUACAAAUCAGAUCAGUGAGUACUUGACUAAACCACCAUUUAAUUACUUAUCUGAGAAAAAAGAAUAUCCUUCAGCUUCUAUAAGCAGUGCUCCUCACAAUUUUAAAAUUGUUAUUUCCUCAUACUGCACAAAAAUGCCUACUAGUUUUAGAAACUGUGUCCUCAUUAAAAAAUACUAAUACCAAGUGCAUUGUAUGUUUACAAGCAGGUAAACAUUGGCUGUUGAUUUUACAUAUUCAGGAUACAAAGAGAGAAAAAGAAAGAGAGAGAAAGAGGGAGGAAAGGAAGAAGAAAGAAAGAAAGAAAGAAAAAGAGAGAAAGAAAGAGAGAGAGAGAGAAAGAAAGAAAUAAAGAAAGAAAAGCCAAUUGCAUAAAAAUAACCUUUCUAGGAAAGAAGUAAUAUUACCUUUAUGAAGUAAUAAGGCAUCUGAUUGUUUGUGAUCAAGGAAUCCAUAAAGCAAGCAAGCAAAGAAAUCCCAUAUUCAUUAAGGCUAUUCACUCUCUAAUAAUUUACAAUAUCACCCAGCAUUGUUGAGACAUAUAAAACUGUGUAUUGAUUUAUGUUUUUGUGUCUGGCAUCAGUUAAGCAGUGAUAAGUUUUUGAGCUUAAUGGCAGUGGUCUCGUUUUCUGGUAUCCUAACAUUUUAUCAGCAAGAAAAGUAGCUCUCUGUGCCUCUGAAACUGCCAGUCAAAGCUGUUGGCAAAACAUCAGGUGGUUAAGGCAUCAAUUGAAACUGAGAGACUCUAUGUUCUAGUCUCACUUGAGGCACAAAGUCAGCUGGGUAACUGUGGGCCAGUCAUUCUCUUUUAGCCCUAGGAAAAAGGCAAUGUCAAACCAUUUGGAAAUAUUGCCUAAAGAAAACUUCAGAGACUUGCCUAGAAAGCCUCCAAGAAUCAAAACUUGAAGACACAGCCACACAUUGCUAAGGAAGGCUUAGCAAGCUGUUUUAUAGAAUAUCUCCCCAACUACUCCAAAAUCAGGGGAACAAAACCCCACAAUUUUAUCCCUAUAUAUUUGAGCGACAUUAUUAAUAAUCUCCAGGCUCUUCAUGGACCUUGAACAUGGAAAAUAAUAACAACAACUAAUAUUAAGCAGCUCCUGAUCAAAUGUGAAAAGGUGGAGACUAGUCUAAAUAUUCAGAAAGCACAUAGGGUCUAUCAAUGCUGGCAGAUUGCCUCAUUGUCAGAAUUAAUUUGUUGUUAUUUGUGAAGGGUAAAAAUGGAUAUCAUUUUUUAUUAAUUUCCCACUCGCCUUCAAAGUAA